CGCAAAAGGAUUCAUCAAGUAAAGACAAAACAAGUUCUAAUGAUCACUCCGACAGCAGUCAAUCUCGAAAGGAUUCAUCAAGUAAAGACAAAGCAAGUUCUAAUGAUCAGUCCGACACCAGUGAAUCUAGCAGGAAUUCAUCCAGUGAAAAUAAAACAAUUUCUGAUGAUGACUCUGACAGCAGUCAAUCUCAAAAGGAUUCAUCAAGUAAAGACAAAACAAGUUCUAAUGAUCACUCCGACAGCAGUGAAUCUAGCAAGAAUUCAUCCAGUGAAAAUAAAACAAGUUCUGAUGAUCACUCUGACAGCAGUCAAUCUAGUAAGGAUUCAUCCAGUGAAGACAAAACGAAUGCCAGGCACCAUAAGACCAGACACUCAUCUAGAAAACAUAAAACAAAUGGACAUCGACAUCAUCAUCAUCAUCAUCAUCAUCAUCGACAUCAUGAGUCUGAAGAUCAAUCUAGUAAGGAUUCAUCCAGUGAAGACUCAUCGAGUGCUGACGAAACCAUUGUCAAAUGUGAAUGUCAAAUGGAUUCAUCCAGUGAAGACACAACAAGUUCUGAGAGUCACAGUCAUAGCAGUCAAUCUAGUUCGGAUUCAUCCAGUGAAGACCAAAGUUCUGAUGAGCAAUCUGACAGCAGUCAAUCUAGUAUGGAUUCAUCCAGUGAAGACCAAAGUUCUGAUGAUCAGUCUGACAGCAGUAAAGCUUCAGAGAAUUCCUCCAGGGAAAGCAAAACUACAACUGCCCCAAGCUCAAUUACAAAAUCUCCGUUGAACACCUCAACCUUUGCCUCAAGCCCCACCACACAAUCUGCAGUAAGCACAACCUCAAGCCACAACACAACCCCUAAUUUAGGCACGACAAGAAGUGAUAUAACUAGCUCGGCAUUACAACACCAAUCAAAAA